AUGCCCAGAUUCGGGACUACGAGCGACCAGCCAGCGCCAGCGCGACCGGGACCAAGGACCUCCGCGGCUGAGCGGCGAGUUUGGGAGGGGCUCUGCGCGUCCCCGCCCCGCGCCGCGUCACCGACGUCCCGCUAGGCUGAGACCGGCGCGCGGCGCGCCAGUGGCCGCUCUUCCGCGGGCGAGUGGGCGGUGGGGGCGCCAGCAGCGCAGAAGGCGGGCACGCGGGCCAUGUCUCCCUGGGCGGAGGCCGAGCUCUCGGCGCUGAACCCGCUGCGCGCGGUGUGGCUCACGCUGACCGCCGCCUUCCUGCUGACCCUACUGCUGCAGCUCCUGCCGCCCGGCCUGCUCCCGGGCUGCGCGAUCUUCCAGGACCUGAUCCGCUAUGGGAAAACCAAGUGUGGGGAGUCGCCGCGCCCCGCCGCCUGCCGCGCCUUUGAUGUCCCCAAGAGAUAUUUUUCCCACUUUUAUAUCAUCUCAGUGCUGUGGAAUGGCUUCCUGCUUUGGUGCCUUACUCACUCUCUGUUCCUGGGAGCACCUUUUCCAAGCUGGCUUCAUGGUUUGCUCAGAAUUCUCGGGGCGGCACAGUUCCAGGGAGGGGAGCUGGCACUGUCUGCAUUCUUAGUGCUAGUAUUUCUGUGGCUGCACAGCUUACGAAGACUCUUCGAGUGCCUCUACGUCAGUGUCUUCUCCAAUGUCAUGAUUCACGUCGUGCAGUACUGUUUUGGACUUGUCUAUUAUGUCCUUGUCGGCCUAACUGUGCUGAGCCAAGUGCCAAUGGAUGGCAGGAAUGCCUACGUAACAGGGAAAAAUCUACUGAUGCAAGCACGGUGGUUCCAUAUUCUUGGGAUGAUGAUGUUCAUCUGGUCAUCUGCCCAUCAGUAUAAGUGCCAUGUUAUUCUCGGCAAUCUCAGGAAAAAUAAAGCAGGAGUGGUCAUUCACUGUAACCACAGGAUCCCAUUUGGAGACUGGUUUGAAUAUGUUUCUUCCCCUAACUACUUAGCAGAGCUGAUGAUCUACGUUUCCAUGGCUGUCACCUUUGGGUUCCACAACUUAACUUGGUGGCUAGUGGUGACAAAUGUCUUCUUUAGUCAGGCCCUGUCUGCCUUUCUCAGCCACCAAUUCUACAAAAGCAAAUUUGUCUCUUACCCGAAGCAUAGGAAAGCUUUCCUACCAUUUUUGUUUUAAGUUAAUCUCAGUCAUGAAGAAUGCAAACCAGGUGUUGGUUUCAAUGCCUAAGGACAGUGAAGUCUGGAGCCCAAAGUACAGUUUCCGCAAAGCUGUUUGAAACUGUCCGUUCCAUUUCUAUACCCACAAGUUUUCACUGAAUGAGCAUGGCAGUGCCACUCAAGAAAAUGAAUUUCCAAAGUAUCUUCAAAGAAUAAAUACUAAUGGCAGAUCUGCGA